AUGCCCUUCUGGCUCACCAUCCUCCGCAUCGUGGCCCUCGUCCUGUCUCUCGGCGUCCUCAUCGCAGCCGCCUACCAUCUCUCCCUCCUCGGUGGUUGGAGCCAGUACUACGCCAUCUUCACAUUUCUCAUCCUCGGAGGCAUGUUGGCUGCAGAAUUCUUUGCGCCUCACAUGUACCUCCGCCUCCUCUUUGUCGGCGCCCUCAUUCUUGACGCCAUCUUUUGGCUAUCUGCCUGGGCCUGGGCCGCUUCUUGGACUUCGAACUACUACUCCAUCUACAACGCUGCUGGCUUUGGUCUGUAUACUGAGCUGUCUGCCUGGGGCGCUUCUAUGCUUGCCGGUUCUGUUCUUGGCGCUAUCACUUGGGUUGUUAUCAUCGUCAUUACCGUCUUCUUCGUCAAGGCUUGCAUGGACUCUCCCCAAGAUUCUUCCUUCUCUCCCAGAGCCCCAACCGACCCCGAGAUGGGCCCUCCCAAGCAAGAGGGCGUUUCCCAGCCGCAGUAUGCUUAG